CGAACCUCAACAUGCAUGCCUAUGCCUGGGCUGCUCGGCAUAAAUCCACCACUCCUGGGGUCGAAAAGCUCGACCUUGUAAUUCACUGUCAAACAAAAAGAAAUCCAAAUCAACGUGCUUCGAUAAUUUUCAAUAAUUACGUUUAAAAAAAUUACCUAAAACCGUGGUUUCAUCUGGAAUUUCCUCGAUGAAACACUUUCGUUCAGUUUCACCGAUGUGAAAAUACAGUCCAGAUGCACACUGUACUAGAACAAGUGCCAACAACCCAACGUACUCAAUCAUCAUUCCUCGAUAAUCACUGACUCCUAAACUAUUUAUUUACUGUUAUUAUCUUCCACUUAUUCCGGUUGGAAAAAUUAAAUUUACAAAAAUGUGGACGAAAAUAAGUAAUUCAGCAGAGACUGAACCACCGGGGCACACGUCAUCUACGGCAGUAGAGAAUGGCCAUUUGGCGUGAAGUCUGGUGAGAACGGAGAAAUGUGGAACGUGGCUGUCGAGAGUCGAAUCGAUCGAGAUACGUCGAUUGGUCGAGAGCGAGCGAAGGACAGGACAACAACAAAACUACAAAACAUGGAUGUGGCUGUGCUCGUGUCUAUUGCUGCAGGACUUGUGGCUCUAAUUGUUCUGCUCACUUUACUGUCACGCAAAAAAACAGAUAAGAAUGAAGCAGCUGGAGGACCUCCAGCCCGAGCUCAGCCGUUGCGUCGAGCUGCUGGUGUUCGAAAUGCCAGACGUCGAAUGCAGGAUAGACAGCAUCGAGAGCCACCGGACGAGGCGAACGAUGCAUCGGACGAGGAUGAAAACGUAGAGCCAACAGAUAAGCCAGAAAUGCCAGAAGGGAAAUUGGGUGCCAAGAAAAGGGCGAAGCUUGAGGCCAAAGCUGAAAGGAAGCAGCAGCGAGAAGCUCUGGAGAGGGAACGCGAGGAGAGGAAAAAGAGAGAGCAGCAGGCUCAGGAGGAAUCCGAUAAGCGUCGAGAGAAGGAGAGGCUUGAGGAAUUGGCACAAGAGGAGGCGGACAAAAAAGCGAGGGAGGAGAGAGAAAGAAUUGAGCAAGAAGAGUAUUUAAAAAUGAAAGAGGCCUUCAGCGUUGAGGAGGAGGGGUACGACGUUGUUAAUGAGGAGGAGCAGAAGAAUCUUCUUCAGGAGUUUCUCGACUACAUUAAGGCCACUAAAGUGGUCGUUUUGGAGGACCUGGCCGGCCAUUUCAACAUGAAAACGCAGAGUGUAAUUGAGAGAAUUCAGGACCUCCAGGCGAAUGGCCGGCUCACUGGGGUCAUUGAUGACAGGGGAAAGUUUAUUUAUAUAUCCCAGGAGGAACUGGAGAGUGUGGCCAAAUUCGUCAAGCAGAGGGGAAGAGUCAGCAUCGCUGAACUUGCCGAGAACUCCAACAGACUCAUUAAUCUCAAUUCUGAACAGACCAAGGCUGUCGAAACCAGCUGAUUAUUAGAGUUUAAAUUCAAUUGUACAUACACUGUAUUUCUAAGUUAAACAUAAAAAAUUUUUAUUUAGAAUUUUUUUUAAUAUCAAAGUUACAAAUUGUCAAAAUUCAUUCAAAAUUUCCCAUCUGAAUGUCACGUGGAACUCAUUUUUCCUGCUUGAUUCGAAAGAAAAAAAUGUUUAUAAUGAAUAAAUCCUGACCCAAUAA